AUGGCAAUGUCUAUGGCUCGUAUACAACCUCAGCCACUCUAUCCUUUCCCAGCACCUGCCUCAAGCAGUCCCCCCUGGAACGCUCACCCACCGAAACUUUCAAAAUGGACAUCGUGUACGAAUUUGAACCAGUCAAUGACCAGCUUGGUAUCGCAUACGUUCGAGAAGACCAAUGCGACAAUCCUUGAUCUCGAACAUUUGGUCCGCCAGAGUUUGGGUGGUGGCGCAAACGUCAAGGAGGCCACAUCGCGGUUGUUAGAUCAAGUCAUCACCUCGAUCGACCUGGGGUCGUUUUGUGGGAGAGAAACUGAACUAAUUGCUGCUUGUAAAAUUCCUCAUCAGUCAGACGAGAAGAAAGAUCGAUCAAAGCGAAAAGCGAAGAAGCCAACAAGAUCUGUGGAUUACUUCUCGAAGGUGUAUCUGUAUGCCAAUUCGCGGUUACCGCCUCAUUUAACAACGCUGAAAUUCUAUCCUCCAACAUAUCCCCUCCUCCAGCUAGCAGCCAAGUACUCGCGCCGGGUUUACGACAAGCCUUCAGGCCAUGAACGGCAUUCAUACGUGGACUCCGAUUGGCUACACGGCACCAAAGCCAUGGUGGUCAAAUCGCUCCCAAUCGACGACAUGAACACGAUUGUCUUCGCCAUACGUGGCACGCAGAGUUUCCUCGACUGGGCCGUGAACGUCCGGGCAGCACCAGUUCCUCCCAUGGGAUUUCUAGACGACCCAUCCAACUGCUGUCACUCGGGCUUCCUAUCCGUGGCCCGAAAAAUGGUUGCCCCCGUCGCUGCCCGGCUACGUAGUCUUCUUGAAGAAGAUCCCUCACGCAUGUCCUAUUCGCUAAUCUUCACUGGCCACUCCGCGGGCGGUGCCGUCGCCAGCUUGCUAUAUCUACACCUCCUAUCCGAGUCUCCAGCCGUGCAAUCCGAACUCAUUCAUCUCCGCGGCUGCUUCAAACACAUUCAUUGUGUCACAUUUGGUGCUCCACCCAUAUCGCUUCGUCCCUUGCAGCUCUCUCCUACUGCCCAGAGGUCAAAGUCCAUGUUUUUCGCUUUUAUCAAUGAGGGUGACCCAGUUUCCCGUGCCGACAAGAACUACUUCAUCUCAUUGCUAGAUCUGUAUGUUUCGCCCGCUCCGGGGUCAGUGCUAGCCUUGUACGACAAGAAGAAGAAAGCCGCUCCUAUAUAUUGGAGGACUCCCUCGUCCGAUCUGUCACUCGCUGGUCGGCUUGUUCUACUUCGUCCGCGAGACCAACCGACUAGCCAACCUGUGUUUGUAGCGCCACCGGUCCCUGGUGGCCCUCCUGCACUGCCACCGCGGGAGAAUGUGGAUGCCUGUGGGAUCGUAGACACUGAGCUCCGAGGUGUGGUCUUUGGUGAUCCCGUUAUGCAUUUCAUGGACUUGUAUUCUCGUCGCAUUGAUGCUUUGGCUAGAGAUGCCUUGACCAGACGAUCAUGA